UGUGGAUGAGUGUAAAUGUCCAGGAUAAAGCGGUCGUCAUUUUGUGCCGUGCCGUGGCCUGCUCAAGUCAAGAUGUUUCGUACUCGGACACUGAUUUUUGCUGUCGUUAGCAUAGCUGGCUCAAAUUCAUUCGCAUUGGACGAAUCCGCGGAAGCCAUAAACACGAACUCCAAAUUACCCCCCGAAUUAACCAUACCCACAGCACCAACAACUCUUACAUCUUGCCAAAAACUAGACUAUUUCUUUGGAAUCUAUGAUCUAGAUUCUCGUGGUUUUGCAGAAACUUUAAAAUUAUGUAACGAAGAAACCAAUAACGCGAACACGACCCUAGGGACUUCUGUGUUGCUGAAAGUGUACAACGAAAUAAAGGGAGAGCAAUGCACCUUUAAGGACGGAAUGGAUAUAAAAUUAAUCGAUUGCGUCAACAGCGAACUUGGAUUUAAACCACCGCUAACAGCUGAGGAAACGAAACAUCAUUUUGGACGAAAUGGCACACGCGCUUUACGCUUUGAGGAUCAAGAGUGUAAAAGCUCAGAAAAGUUACGAAAAUGUGUAGAAGAUGCAUUUUCAGUAAAACACGUGGCACCUGAGCUCUUAAAAUGUAAGGAGAGCAUCAUCCGCGGAUUUAACAUAACAAAAAAAUUAUGCCAACAAAAUGAACAAAAGGCCAAUGUUCCUGACGCAAAAGACAGUGGCAUGAAGUCUCUACCUUCAGACAUAUUCAUUUUGGGCACUGCAGUAAUGCUGAUUAAACUAACACUUUCAAUAAUUUAAUAACAAUAAACUGUGAACAGAUUUUACAGAGUCUUUAGCUAACGCUAAAACAUUGUAAGAUCCUUAGCAAUGCGUAGGUAAAGUGAUUAAAAACUGUACUUAAAACGGUGUGUAAAGUAAAAAGAAAACUUAUUGCUUGAAUUAAAUAAGUUAAUCUUAAUUGUACUUAAUGAAACAGAACAACAACAUACAUAACGUUUU